GCAAAUAAAUAUCCUUCCCCUUUCCUUUCAUUUCAAUAAACUUUAUAUCGGUAUCGUUAGGAAGUGCUUACGAAAUUACUUUGAUUAUUACGGUCGAUUUGAAACAUAUUGUUUAAACAUUUUUUUAGUCGUCUUAUAUUCGGUAUAUCAAGUGAACUUGUUUAGACCUCCGAAAAUUCAAAUAAGAUUUCCUCUUAGUGUUUGGGAUUACCCGACAGAGGUUUAUUAGUCAUCGUAUAUUUAAAACACAGUUUAUUCAGUCGGCAAUAUGACGACAGUAUUGGUUGUACUCUCGUUGUGAUAGUAUGGGACAUUAUAUGUUUUAUAGUGACGACGAUGUAUAUGACGAUAUAGCGACUACGCAGAUAAGAUCAUGAAUGUGACAAUUGGUACAAUUGCUGCUGUAGCAGUGGUGAUAUUCUGCAUCAUCGCAUGCUGCUGCUGCCGCAGACGCAAUCGCGGACAAGUGCUGUCACCGCCUCCCCCUGUGCCGCCUGGCCCUGCGCCCUACCCACAGCAGGAGUAUACACCUUAUCCAGUUACAGUGGUGACAACAUAUCCUGUAGCUGCAGCGUCAUAUCCGACACAAGGUGCUCCGUAUCCGACAUCCACAUCUCCGUAUCCUGUCGCCAAUCAGAGUUAUCCAUCGGGCGGUACACAGUAUCCAACUGGUGGAGCACCUUAUCCAACUGGAGGUGCGCCGUAUCCGACCGCUGGGGCGCCGUAUCCUACGGGCGGUGCUCCGUAUCCGAUAGCGGGUGCGCCGUAUCCAACCGGAGGAGCGCCGUAUCCUACUGGCGGUGCGCCUUAUCCUACAACUCAACCGUCUGCUCCAAGCGCUCCAGAAGCAAAUGCGUUCUUUGGUAUGGCGGCGCCUGGCUGGCAUCCGCAAGCUCUUCCGCCAUCUUACGACCAAGUAGUCGGCAAAGGUCACCACUGAACUGCGGGCGAGUUUUAGGCUUAUAAGUUAAUACCUAAGUUCUAAGUGUCUGUUAUACCUAGACCUUUAUCUUCAGUCUCCAUUGUUCCUUAGCUGGUAUUAAGUGAAUAAUAAUUUAAAUUUUGUUCAUUACGUAACUUAAUGAUAAAUGUGUAAUAGAUUAAGCCUUUUUUUACUGUACUCGAAAGAAAUAGAUACUUCGUAAUGUCGAAUUAUUAAAUGUAUGUUUUUAGAAUUU